GUUAGUUUUUUAAUUUAAUAGUAAAGGUGGUGUAAUUGUUUAAUUCUGGAAAAUUCUUUGGUUUUCGCUGAUUUUGUGUUGCAAAUAUUAGUUGUUUUUUUUGCCACCAAACGAAUUAAUAUUCCUAUAGGAAUUUUUCAAGGUUACCAGCUGGAAGUUAUAAUAUUGUGUUUAUAAUCGUAGUACAGUGCGUCGAAAACGUUUUUAUAAAGCCGGUCAGCCAGCCAGCCAACCAAUAAAACAACAGAAAUAAAAUAAAUUACAACAAUGUCCAGCUUACCACGUCGUAUUAUCAAAGAAACUCAACGUUUAAUGCAAGAGCCCGUACCAGGUAUCAAUGCCAUUCCGGAUGAAAACAAUGCCAGAUAUUUUCAUGUUAUUGUAACCGGUCCAACUGAUUCGCCUUUCGAAGGUGGCGUCUUUAAAUUGGAACUCUUUUUGCCCGAAGACUAUCCGAUGUCAGCGCCUAAGGUCCGAUUCAUAACGAAAAUCUAUCAUCCAAAUAUUGAUCGUUUGGGUCGCAUCUGUUUAGAUGUUUUGAAAGAUAAAUGGAGCCCUGCAUUACAAAUACGUACCAUCUUACUAUCGAUUCAGGCUUUGCUUAGCGCACCCAAUCCCGAUGAUCCUUUGGCCAAUGAUGUCGCUGAAUUGUGGAAAGUCAAUGAGGCUGAGGCCAUUAAAAAUGCACGCGAAUGGACUCAAAAAUAUGCCGUCGAAGACUGAAUGUUGUGUUAGAAAAGUGGGUAAUUUAUAUUAUUUAAACGACGGCUUAUAAAAACACAUUAUUGGUAUGUCGAGAAUGUGGCAAACUGGAUUUAAUUUCAAUUUUCUAUUAUUAUAAUUACAAUUAUAAUUAAUUUAAAGCGGGGUAUAUAAUGUAUGUGUUGCUAUAAAUUUGUCGUGUAAACAAAAAGAAAAAUAAAAAAGAAACAAAAAACAACUCUAAAGUAGAAUAAAAAAUAAAAUUGAAAUUUUUAAAUAAUAAUAAAAAACAAAAAUAUAUAAUAAUAAAAA